AUGAGAUCCGUAAUACUCCUGCUGGCCACCGCAGCCGCCGUACACGGAUACGGCAUCAACCGAGGUGGCUUGGGUGCGAGCCUGGCCCAGGCCCAAGCACAGGCGCAGUCGGAGGCGGUGGGUUUCGGCAGCGGACUGCUGGGCGGAGAAGCGCUGAGCGCCGCGCAGUCGCAGGCGCAGGCACAGGCCGGCGCAGUCGGCGAGGGCUUCGGGCUGCACGGCGGGAUUCUCAAGCGCGGCGCAAACUACGGCGGCUACGGCGGCGGUCUGAGUGAGAGCCAGGCGCAGGCACAGGCGCAGGCGCAGGCGCUGGGCGAGGGCGGCUACGGCGGCUACGGAGGCGGCCUGAGCGCCAGCCAGGCGCAGUCGCAGGCGCAGGCAGCUGGGGUGGGCGGCGGCUACGGAGGCGGCCUGAGCGCCAGCCAGGCGCAGGCACAGGCGCAAGCAGCUGGGGUGGGCGGCGGCUACGGCGGCGGUCUGAGCGCCAGUCAGGCCCAGUCACAGGCGCAAGCAGCUGGGGUGGGCGGCGGCUACGGCGGCGGUCUGAGCGCCAGCCAGGCGCAGUCGCAGGCGCAGGCCGCCGGCUACGGCGGCGGAUAUGGCGACUACGGCGGGGAAGGCGCCGCGCUCAGUCAGGCGCAGGCACAGGCGCAGGCGCAGGCUGCCGGCGUCGAUGUCGACUACUAA